AAUCAAAAUCAAAAUCAAAAUCAAAAUCAAAAUCAAAAUCAAAAUCAUGAAAAGAAAACGGGGUCAAAACCUACUUCAAAUUCAAGAUUACCAGCUGCUCCAUAUUGUAUUGCUAAAUCAUCGUUAUUUAAAAUCUUUGUGUUUUUACAUAAUGUUUUCUUAUGUGUUUAUUCAGUUUGGACUUUUAUUGGUAUGACUUCAUCAAUUGUCAGUAAUAUGGAAUUAUUUAAAGGUCAAAUCUUACCAAAUUUUGUAGAAUCACUUAAUAGUCUUAAUUCUUCCACUAUAAAUUUUAAAAAUUUAAAUUUUGAAAUUUUUUUCCAAUCUAUUUGUGAUUCAAAUCAAGGUAUCUUUUCUAAAUUAGUGAUUGAUAAAGUUGGUCAACAUAAUUUAGAAAUCUUUGGUUGGUGGUUUUAUAUUUCAAAAUUUUAUGAAGUUUUAGAUACUAUCAUUAUUCUUUUAAAGGGAAGACCAUCAUCUUUAUUACAAAGUUAUCAUCAUUCUGGUGCUAUGAUGUGUAUGUGGGCAGGUAUUAGAUUCCAAUCUCCACCUAUUUGGAUCUUUGUCGUGUUUAAUUCUUUCAUUCAUUCUUUAAUGUAUUUUUACUUUUCAUUAAGUUGUUUACAUAUUAGAGUUCCAAUUCUCUUUAAAAGAAUGUUAACUUCAUUACAAAUCACUCAAUUCGUAGUGGGUGGAUCCAUUGCCAUCUUACACGCUUUCAUUUGGAUUGUGGAUACUUCUGAUAAUGAAAAUUUAAAAAUUAUAAGUUGUAUAAAUACUCCUGAUCAAGCUUUACCAAUUUUAAUCAACGUGGCUUAUUUAACUCCUUUAACAGGAUUAUUCGCUGCUUUUUAUAUCGAUAGUUAUUUGAAACGUUCCAAAUAGAUAGAUUGUUAGAUAAAGUUUCAUUAAUAUGUUAUCUGCUGUUUGUUUAUUUGUUUUCAUUUUUUACUAUUAUUACAAUAUUUAUCUAUAAAAUAAUUUAUUCUGUGUAUAGACAUUAAUAUUUAUUCAUUAAUUUAUGAAGAAAAGGAAAUCAAAAAU